GGCCUGCCCAAUCCCCUUUCAUCUCCAAGCCGAAAAAACACCCACAGAACCCUACCCUCCCGAGUCCCGACCCCGUCCUGCUCGCUCCGCCGUCCUUCGCCCGCCACCCGCCACCCGCCGGACUGCCAAAGCCCGGAGGCCUGAGGCCCGAGUUACGCGAGGAGCAGCCGAACCAGCGGCCCGGCGCCUCAUCCCUCAGCGGCCCCGCCCCUGGGGCCGUGUAGUCAGCAAGCGGCCACGCGAGUGCGCGGUCGGCGCGGAGUGAGCAGGAGCAACCCGUGGCUGGCGGUCAGUCGGUGGCUAGCUGGAGCCUGGAGUUGCGACUUGCGAGCGGCGUUAGAACUCGCUCCACCUAUAAUUUUUGUGUGGCUCCGUCACUGAUUCCACCCGUUCUGUGGCCGGCGACAGAGGCACAGAGAAGCGCCAAUCCGCCGGCUUGAUCUGAAGCAUGGACAGGCCCUCAUCACCGGUCGUUGCUGGUUCUGCCCUCUGUUGCUGAAGAUCGUGACCAUGGAACUCGCGUCGUCGUCCUAGAGCUCCUCGCGAUGUUGCUGCUCCAGGCUGCCAUCCUCAUGUCAACGGUGGAGGGCCUUGUGCGGAUCGUGCAAGAAGCUCCACAAGUUCCUCAUCAAUAAGAUCAGGUCAGGCCACACUCCCAUCUGCCCGCCUCACUUCUGAGUUCCGACUCUCGAGCGGAGCGCCACAGCUCCGAGCGGCCGCCAAAUCCCCGACCACGUCCAGCAACCGCGCCCCCUUGGCUUUUAGCCCCCACCAAGCCACCCUCUGUUCUCCUCUUCCGUGGUGGACCAGCGGCGCACUGGUGUGGUGCUCCUCCAAGCUCUGCUCCGCUCCCCGCCUCCCUGUCGACCGGCGACUUUGGCCCCGGCCCCCGGGCUAGGAAGCGAGUUCACCGGUGGAUCUGCGCGUGGCCCUCCCUGUUGCCUGCGGGCGCUGGCGGUUGGCCAGGUCGCCCCAGCCGGCCACCCCCCGCCCCUGCACCCUGCUGACUUGGGCUUGCUGUAUAGCACGGACCAGAUCAAGGGUCGCCGUCGACCACAUUUGAGGCUUGGCCAUGCCUUUAAAUAUAGAUAUUGAUCUGUUCAAGCUGGAUAUUGAUGAGCUGAUAGCUGAUUAUUCCAAGGAGAACUGUACGUCACUCUUUGAAUUCAAACGAGUAUGGAUGGGCAAGAAAUUUUCUUAUAUCUAUGAAGGCAGGCCUAAGACAAACUCGGGUUUAUUCAUGCAGUCCCUCUUUCUGCAUUGUAUUGGUUAUUUGACUUCUCAAAGUUCACUGCACCAAAGAUUGGCUGGGCUAUACUGCCUUUACUGUCUGUAUGAGUGCCAGCCAUACAAGCCGCAGUUCAAGAUUUACUUGUCUCUUGAGGAGUGCAGGCAACUGAAAGAUAUCGUUGUUAUGGCGAAGCAAAAUGGACUGCAGCUCGUGCCUGCACUUGUCAAAAGGAUGCUGGAUAAAGACAUGUUUUUGUUUGGCUACAUGAAUUUGAUCGACGACAACGGGGACAAGCAGGUCGAGGAAUUGACCGCAUUGCAGAACAAGCGAGUAAAAUUUGCAUGUGACAAGUUAUUUGCAAAUACCCAAGCAGAAAGAUAUUUGCACAUGGACUUGGGUGCUGAGUUCGAGCUUGAUAGCAUCAAGAAAUUGUCAAAGGAGUAUGCAGAAGCAAAGGAACUGGCCCUUGCAGAGGCAAGCCAAACUGUCGAAGUUGACGAUGCUAAGCACCUCCUUCAGAGUGAGAGGCUGUUGGGCGACAAGAUAGAUGAAGUCGUCAAAGAAUGGGAUGUCCAGAAGGAGGGGUUCUACGAGAGGACAGGAUUAUCCUCAUCCCCUGGCGACCAGCUCAUGGCCAUCGACAACGAUGAAUCAGGAGCUCAAUGUCACGAGGAUGGAUCCCGUGGCGAUCAGCUCAUGGCGGUCGACAAUGAUGAAUCGGGAGUACAGGAUCACGAGGACCUCGACGACGACGACGGCUUUGCCGAGUUAGAACUGCUGCUAGAAUGAAGAACAUAUACAAGUCUGUAAACUCUUACUACCGCCGUAUAACCGUGUAAUCAGAACACCGAGAGAUGUAAUCCUCGCUCGUCUUUACUAGCCUCUCCUUUUUAGGUGCCAGACCUUCUGUUCAUCUACACUGGCUGCAGUAACUGUACAUUGAAAUAAUCCAGUGCGCCAGCCUAUGCAGGGGAGAAAAGAAAGAGGUGAGCUUGAGUAAAAAUGUACAUGAACAGUGACAAGAAAAAAAAACGCUGGCUGCAGUAAUUGUGCAUUUAAA